GAAUCCUCCACAUGCUCACGAAAUUCUAUAAAUUUGAGAUGUCUUUGCUUAAUUUCGGAGUCAUGAAACUUAUGAAAUUGGAAGUACCAAAGAAAACUCACUAUGAAACGAUUACUGUUUGUAUUUUGCUUGACUUUGACAAGUUGCCUAAGCCAGAAUAGUUGUCCAUCGAAAGAGGACAUCAAUCCUUGCUCCUGUUCCAUAGGAGUGGACCAAAAACCGUGGGUUUCUUGUGUAGGACUCACCUCGGGAACAGCCCUUAAGAAUGUUGUGAAAGGAAUGAAGAAUUACAAAUUUUCAAAUUUUGAUGUCGAAAAGUCUAACAUUGGUGUUUUGGAAGCAGAUACAUUUUUGGGUUUGCAAAUCCGUUCUUUAAAUAUAAUAUUCAGCAAUAUUACAAGUAUUAGCGAGAUGUCUCAACGUCCUCCUUUCCUUGGAUUGGAAAAUUCGCUUGAGAGUCUUGAAAUAAGAGAUGCUUUUAUCAGUGAAGACAAUCCUAUGUUCAGGCUUUCUUUAUCUCAUCUAAAAAAAUUAACUUUUCUUCAACUCGAAGGAAAUGUUAUUCCCGUUUUGGGCAAUGACUGGUUUGAGAGUGGGCCUUAUGGACUCAAAGAGGCUUAUUUGCUAGAUACUUACACAAAAAAAGUUGGAAGCCAUGUUUUCUCAGCCUUAAAUCAAUUAAGGAAAGUUUCACUUACAGGAGGAUCUGUUUCAGAUAUCUCCAGAGAUAUGUUCCCCGAUCCAGCAAUUUAUUUGGAAGCUAUAGAUUUCAGUAACAACAAGCUUUCGAUUUUGCCAAAGAAUAUAUUUUCUAAAAUGCCUUCGUUGAUAGAGGUGUUUCUAGAAAAUAAUGCCUUUACAACCAUUGAUGAAGUUAAUUAUGCUUUGGUCUGGAGUCAGCUUUCUCACAUAUUUUAUUAUGGUAAUCCUCUAAAAUGUGACCAAAACAUGAAAUGGAUCUUCAAAUAUCGAUUACCUGAAUCUCUUCAAGGGCAAUGUGCUUCACCACCUACUCUGCAAUAUCGUUCUCUGAACAAUCUCACACUACAGGAUUUGGAAUAAUGAAAAUCUAAAGAAACAUUGGAGCUUUGUAAAAUCAUGGCUUUUUAAAAAAGCAAUCAAACCGAUGUUUAAGAGUAGCUUUAAUGUAUCUCUUUUGUCCUGCUUUGGUUUCAUCUUGAUUUUAUUGUUUAAUGAUUAAAUGAAGAGCAAGAA